AUGGCCAAUUGUCGGAUUUUCAGUCACAUUGACUUAUCCGAUGCUUAUCUGCAAGUACCAGUGGAUGAAGCCAGCCAACCGUUUCUCACCAUCAAUACCCAUAAAGGCCUUUUCCAGUUCACGCGACUAUCGCCCGGUAUCAAAGCAGCUCCGGGAGCCUUUCAGCAGUUGAUGCAUUCAAUGCUUGCUGGUCUCAAACGCACCACUGGUUACCUGGAUGACAUUUUGGUCGGAGGAAGCACAGAAGAGGAACAUCAACACAACCUGCAGAUGGUUCUUCAUCGUUUACGUGAUUACGGUUUUACCGUACGCAUAAACAAAUGCAAUUUCUACAUGCAUCAGGUGAAGUACCUGGGCCAAAUUAUUGAUGCUGAUGGAAUACGACCGGAUCCAGACAAAAUAGCUCCAAUCGUAAACAUGCCGCCUCCACAUGAUAUUUCAACUUUACGAUCAUAUCUCGGCGCGUUAAAUUAUUAUGGGAAAUACGUGAAAGAUAUGCGUACUCUUCGACAGCCUAUGGAUCAGCUUCUUAAGGAAGGCAUAAAAUUUGUGUGGUCACCAGAGUGCCAAGAAUCGUUCAACAAAUUUCGGAAUCUCUUACAAUCACCGUUACUGUUGACGCACUACAAUCCAAGGUUGGAAAUUAUAGUAUCUGCAGAUGCAUCAAACGUCGGACUGGGUGCUCGAAUCGCUCAUAAGUUCCCUGACGGAUCAGUAAAAGCUAUUUGCCACGUGUCUCGCAGCUUAACCGCAGCUGAAAGUAACUAUAGUCAGGUUGAAAAAGAAGGACUGGCACUGAUAUUCGCUGUGACACGAUUCCAUCGAAUGAUUUUUGGUCGUCGGUUUACUCUCGAAACCGAUCAUAAACCGCUGUUAGCAAUAUUUGGAUCAAAGAAAGGCAUUCCCGUCUACACAGCUAACCGGUUACAGCGAUGGGCACUAACGCUACUCCUCUACGAUUUUAAUAUCUGUUAUGUAUCCACAGACAAUUUUGGCCAUGCUGACGUUCUCUCGCGGCUAAUGAAUCGUCACGUUCGACCCGAUGAAGAAUUCGUAAUCGCUCAUCUCGAACUAGAACAUAGUAUUCGUAGCAUCGUCUACCAGUCAAUACAAGCUUUACCACUUUCGUUCAAGCAAGUCAGAGAUAGAACCACAUCCGAUCAUGAUCUGCAACAAGUCAUGCGGUUCGUCAACGAUGGGUGGCCCUCAAAGAAAGCAAGUAUAACCGAUGCACAAGUUCAACAGUUUUACUUACGGCGUGAUGGACUGUCCGUCGUAAAUGGAUGUCUUCUUUAUGGUGAGAGAUUGGUGGUGCCAUCCUGUUCCAGAAAACGAGUGCUACAGCAGUUACAUACUGGGCAUCCGGGAGUUGAACGCAUGCGAUCAAUAGCCCGACAGUAUGUGUAUUGGCCAAACAUCGACGAAGAUGUUUCGAAGCUCGUUCGAUCCUGCGGGGAAUGUGCAAGUGUCGCUAAAACCGACAGGAAGACAAACCUUGAGUCUUGGCCGGUUCCUGAAAAGCUGUGGCAAAGGUUGCAUCUAGAUUUCGCAGGUCCAAUGGAUGGACAAUACUACCUCAUUCUAGUCGAUUCCUACUCAAAAUAUCCAGAAGUUGUGCGAACUAAGGACAUCACGACAAAAACAACCUUGCACAUACUUCGUGGAAUCUUCGCCAGAUAUGGACAACCUGAAACGUUAGUUACAGAUAACGGGCCUCAACUAACUAGCGAGCAGUUUGAAGCUUUUUGUGAUACUAACGCUAUCAUGCAUCUGAAAACUGCACCGUUUCAUCCGCAAUCAAACGGAUUAGCAGAAAGGUUUGUUGAUACGUUCAAAAGAUCACUCAAAAAAAUCACUUCAGGGGGAGAAACACUCGAUGAAGCAAUCGAUACCUUUCUUCUCUGCUAUCGUUCAACACAGUGUCGCAAUGCACCAGAUGGGAAGUCUCCUGCUGAACUCAUUUUUGGCAGGCCAAUACGAACAUCGCUUGAAUUACUACGUCCACCUACUCCUGCGCACAAGUUUCAUAAUUCUAAGCAAGAGAGGCAGUUCAACCGGAAGCAUGGAACGAAGGACCGGAACUACAAUCCCAAAAACUUCGUGUGGACUAAAGUGUACCGAAACAACAAAUGGAGUUGGCAAGAAGGAACCGUAAUUGAGCGUAUAGGAAAAGUUAUGUACAACGUGUGGCUUCCUUCAAAACGAGCCCUUAUUCGAUCCCAUUGCAACCAAUUGCGAAGCCGAUACGAAACGGAGCAGCAGAGAACAGAAACGGAAUCAGUGGAAGAUUCGCCUGUACCACUUACAAUUCUGUUGGACAGUUGUGGUCUGAAUACAGGCACAUCGGAACCGGAAGCCGAAACAUCCUUCGUCUUACCAGCCUAA